UGAAGUGAAUAAAUUGAAAUUGAAAUUGAAUGUUUGCAUUUAUGUUUUUUCAUGUGGGUCGCGGAUAUCGAUAUCCUUUUCAUGCUCUAUCUAUGUGAAGGUUUCGUUAUUCUCAUGUCGUCAAGCCUACACCCUCCCAAAAUGACCAACAUGACCACAUCGUGAUCGGGAGAAGAUCCCUGGCCCUCUGCGGCAGGGCUUGUUGUGGAUUGUGGGUUUAUGUGGUGGGCAAGUGUCCUUUGCCACGCGUUCCGCAAUCAGCUACAGUGAGCAAUUCAUGAAGCGGUUGCAGUCACAGCCACAGUCGUGACCUCGUACCGACGGCAGCGAUAUCUGGCGAGUUUGCAGCAGGCGGUGGCUCAUCGAAAUUCACCUAAAAAAAAGGGCUGUCUGGAAUCAUGGCGGUGGAGGGGCAUCAGCUUGCCGGGACCACCGGCACAAAAGACCGGAAAAAUCUCUUCCGUGCUGCUGGGGUGGACACCGGCGGAGGUCAACUCAGUCGGGCACUGCUAUGAAAAGAAAAGGAGCGUCGUGGCCUUGCCUUGUGCAAGAACUACACGGAGUUGCACUUAGGUUCUCUUGACGUUUCGCGGACGAGGGCGUUUUUGCUAUGUGUAGUAUCGUCAUGGUCAUCAUGCAUCAUCAUGACAGCCUUCUCACGCAAUGUCAAUGUGGCGAGGACAAGGCCGCCGCUCCUUUUGUAGUCGAUAUGUCACGAGGCUGUGCAAGAACAUUGUUGACGAUCCGGCUUUUAACACUUUUACCAUGAUUCUGACCAUUUAUGCCCUGUUCGGUGACGACUUGCGGCUAGCAACCACGAGCGAACCGGCCGACAUUAUCUUUGAUUGGAUUACUGGGGUGGCACUUGCGGUAUUCUUUCUAGAAUGCGUGGCCCAGAGUCUGGGAAAAGAGGACUACUUCCUCUCGUUCUUCUUUUACCUCGACGUGAUCGCCACACUGUCGCUGAUUCUCGACAUCACUAGCGUAGCAAAGCUGAUAUCCGGCGGGGGUACGGGACAACUCAAAGCAGGUGAAAAUGAUAGACACAGAUGACGACAUCAUCUCGGUCGUGUCCACCUCGGUGUACAUAUUGUAGUCGUGCUGGAAAUGAAAGAAACAGUUGUUGGCGCCAUUCUUUACAGUGGAGCAUGGUCCAGAUCCAGAAAGCAUGCGCAUGACGGCAAAUAAACUCAUGAGUGAUGAUUAUGAAAUAGGCUUCUUUUUUCCAAAAACUUUGUCCCAGGUACACAGGCGGCGCGCGUUUUGCGGGUACUGCGGAUGAUUCGACUGAUUCGAAUCGUGAAACUGUACAAGCAGUAUCAAGACCAGCAGCAACGCAAGAAGGUGAAGGCGGCGCUCGAGCGCAAGCGCAAGAAGGAAGCGGAGGAGGGUUACGCGAAACGCGUGGCGCCGGGUGAGGAAGAGGACCUGAUCGACUUCGAAGACGAAAACUUUGCCAUGCUGCAACAGGACGGCGUGAACGCGGUGCAGGAGUCCCGCGUGGGCAAGAAACUCAGCGACAUGACAACGAGGCGCGUCAUUAUGCUGGUCCUGUCCAUGAUGUUGGUGGUGCCGCAGUUCCAACUGAGCGAGAACUUUCAGCAUAAGCAGAGCAGCGCGCAGUACUCCUUAGACCUGCUGCAGCUCUUCCUUGCGGACUACGAAACAGCCGUGGGGAGCAGCGCAGGUUCCAACCUCGUCAAGGAGCACCGGCGUCAGUACGAACUGGCACUGCUCAAGGCCGUGUACGAUUCUAACCCAAAUGUACGAACGCGAAGGCUUGUGGUGCGGUCAGGUCGUCAUCUGGACGGCAGCUCCUUCGCUGGUAUUGCUAUGUUUGCAUCUGUGGUGUCAUGAUAUAUCAUAGUCAUACCUGCCUUAGUACGCCCUCGAAAAACUACGCGGAACUAGAAAUCUUCUGGCUUUUCAGACUGCGGACUCCUGAUAAAGUGGUGCUGCAACUACUUCAGUACAUCCAGCAGUCGUGCUGGGUGUAGUUCCUGCUCCAUUCUAAAAAGCAUGAUGAUGUUGAACCGACACAAUAUCGAAUAGAAAGCAUCUCCGACAGCGACUGACACAGGUCCAGCUUUGUCUUUCAUAUCAGUACAGUGCGGAUUAUUGCGACGAAUAUGAUAUCACCUGUGCGGACUCCCAGUACUAUCGCUUCUCUUUUAUUUUCAAUGAUUUGCAACGAUUGAAUUAUGAACAUGAUGCAGCAAAGAUGAAAUGCAUUUGCAAAUAAUAUUGAUGUUGCUUCUGUAUGUUUCCUUCUAGUCUAUGCACAGAACAAGAAAAAGAGUCUCAACAUCAUGCAGAAGUAGCCAAUGUGAGACGCAUACUUACAUGCGCGGUGGAGCAGGUACAGCUACACUUUCUCACCGUCACCAUGGACAUGAUUUCAGGUUCGCGGAAAUUCUCUUCAUUGGGUAUGUGAAUAGAAACGAGCUUAUCCUUGUGGAAAUCUUGAAUCCUCAAGUUACUAUGUCGCGCCUUGCACCACCUUCUGACUUCUGUAUCUGCACUGCAUAAACGCAUGAACGACUACAUUUGCAUACAAUCAUAUAAGCGAAGCGACUGCGUUUCGAAAAGUUCAGUCUCACGGCCUAGUCUCGUCAAUUGCAGUUCUUCAAGAUUUCGCUAUGAUGUCGUAGCCGAUGUGGGACAUGCGCGACAAAAUUCAUAUCACGGAACUGGCGGCAGAGAAAAGCAGUUGGGAAAAGUGGCAUAACCGUUAUGACCUCGGAAAUGAGUUUGGGUUCGCAGGCGGCGCCCUCCCGGAGGUAAUCAAAGAUCGCUUAACCAACGAUUGGAGUAACAACCAGGGCUGCUUCGACGACUCUCUUGGUAAAUCGGUGAUCGGAGUCGCACUUAAGGCUGAAAUUCCCUGUCCGCCAAAAAAGUUGCGCUUCAACGAAGUGGAUCCGGCUUUCCCUUGGGCAGGUAUAAACAGCUCUUACUUGUUUGAGCUUGUUGAUGCUUCUGUGUCUGUAGUUCUGGCACUGUAGCUGUCGAUCUUUUUGGACUAGGUAGACAGUGAAAAAUUUAUUAUAUAUUAGAAUUAGUGUUUGCACUUGCAGGCAGAGAGGAAGUGCGCGUAUGUGGUCAGUGGUUCCAGAAAGACAGUGAUGGAACAUGGGCCGCGCGCUGAGGUCGGUGCGCACGCGCGACAGCUUACUUAGGAAAAAUAGCACUUGUAUGUACAUCCGAGAAAGAAGUUGACGAAGAAGACAACGACUGAAUAACCCCGGAUACACAUGAAAGAAUGAAUGAAUGAAUUAGUGUUUGCAUCACAACUUGUUUCUGUGCAAGAACAUCAUGAUCGACGUUCUCAAGAAAUCGAACCCCAGGGGUGCACCCGCAGACGAACAUGGUAAACACCGACAGCUUGCUCGCCUACUACGACCUGCGGCGACUGGUCUACUUCGAGUCUGUGAUGAGCAUGAUGCAGACGAUCUUUGUGUGCAUCGUCCUCGGACUGACGGCCACCUUCUUCAACAAGGACGCGAAGGAGCUGGUGCUGGAGCCCAUCGAGCGCAUGAUCGCCAAGAUGCACCGCAUCCGCGAUAACCCCUUGGUCGCCAUGCGUCUGGGGGACGAGGAGUUCCGUAAACAGCAGAUCGAGCUGAAACGGGAGCAGGAAAUGGACGAAAUUCAUUCCGAUUGGAACUGGCGAAAUGCAACACUGCUGGAGAACGCUCGGCGAGUGGUGCGCGGGUCACUUGGCUGGCUGGCGUCCCGGUGCGGCAGCGGCAGAAACCGCGGAGGCGCGAACAAAACCUCGACCCGGCGGGUGCAGGAGCCCAUGGAGACUGUGAUUCUGGAGUCGACGCUGAUCAAGCUCGGGGGCCUUCUCGCCGUCGGGUUCGGCGUCGCCGGGGCCGAAAUCAUAGGACAGAACCUGUCCGGGGACGCUUCCGGCGUGAACGCCAUGGUUCCCGGUGUGAAGAUCGAAGCCAUUUUCGGCUUCUGCAACAUCUACCACUUUUCCGACGCCACGGAAAUUUUGCAGGACCGGAUCAUGAUCUACGUUAACCAAGUGGCAGAGAUCGUUCACUCUCUGGUAGACAUGUUCGGUGGCAACGCAAACAAAAACAUCGGCGACGCCUUCCUGCUCGUUUGGAAAAUCGGUACCUCUUUAUUAUAUACGCCUUGAUGAGUGGGCGAUGCUUUCAUCUCUUCUGUUUCUUGCAUAAGAAGGGGCGAGGCAAGAAUUCGACUUGUUGCUGUCGUGUCUUCAAAAGACGAUGCUAUUGCUCAAACUUCAACUCUUAGAGGAGCACGAGGAAGAAAAUAGAAAAUGAUAAUGAUCUUUCUCCAACAGCGACGGUGCCGAAGGACGUCAGCGGCGAAUUGGAGGACAACGAAUUUAUCACGCGCGAGCACAGGAUGCGUCGCAUGCGCAUGUGCGACAUGAGCGUGGUGGCGUUUUGUUUCACUAUUUCCGCCAUCAAUAAGUCCGCCAUUCUGUCGGAGUACCGGUCACAUCCUGGCUUCUUGGCCCGCUACCCAGACUAUCCUAGGAAAAAGCGCACACGGACAUGCACCGAAGCACACGAAAAGAUUGUAAUGCCGCAACAGCGCAGCUUGGCAUGAUAGUGGUACAAAUUCAAGAACUGUACCGUAACAAAUAGAAAUAAGUAAUCGUAAUUCGACUCACUGGCCAUUCUUGAGUAAGUACAUGACGUGAAGAGGAUGAGCCAACACCAAAAGCAGGCACCGCGGCGAUAAAGUUGAACAUGUUCUCCAGGCAUAACAAAAUCCGCAUAAUCCUAUAGAAAACCUGCAGCUAAUUGUAAUUAUCAUGGGAUAGGUGCGCUUUUACCUAGGAUACAGAUUACCGUGUGCAAAUGGGUUUCGGCUUGCACCUGGGAUAUGCUAUCGAAGGCGCGAUUGGGAGCGAAUUCAAAAUCGACGCAUCCUAUUUAUCGCCAAACGUCAAUAUGGCCAGUCGCUUGGAAGCGGCUUGUGCGCAGUUUGGAGUGCAUCUGCUGGUACUGCGCUAAGUGUAACUAUUUUUCUCGUGUGCCCGCUUUUGUGUAUCAUUGUGCUCCUCUUCCUCUAUCGAAAUGAAAAAAAUUCUGGUGAUCAUAGAAAAUAUAAAUAACAUUAACAUCAGAAGAAAGUACUCUUUACUCAAGACUGUGACUCUAGUACGCCAAUAAAUGCAUAAGAAACUGUUGUAUCUACUUUCAAAUAACUCACCAGAUGUCUCACUUUCUCCUCGACCAAGCUAGUCCGGGGCUCCGUGACGCAUGCCGCCAGAUAGACCGAGUGUUUGUGAAGGGAAGCAAAAAGCCCGUAGGGCUCUACACUUGCGACUUCACGGCGGGCGUCCUGCACGUUCAGGACUUGAUGCAGCAGAUUGACCACCGUGCGUUCACGGUGCGAAGAAAGUACGAAGUCCGGCAAAUUCGCGAACUGAAAAAACACCGAAAGUGGGCUGACGACUACGAACCUCACCGUGAACUGCUCGAAGACCCCGAAAUUGUUCCGCUACGGAACAAAAUUGUACUCGUGUCUGUUUGCUGUUGGAUCGAACGUGCUUAAGUUAGUAAGCCCAAGCCCUGGUGCAUUUACGCAGGACGAUAGCAUUAGCAAUCGUGUCCCUUUACUUUUUUUUGCUUCCAUACACUCGAACGAAAAGAUCGGCUUCGAAUUUUUCGUAGUGAAUGCAUUAAGAAGAAACUGAAAUCGUCAAACUCAAUCCAACAGCGACUAACACUAGUUUUUUUUGACCCUAUUCUGCAUGCGCGAAGCCUACUCGCGAGAAUUCUUCCAGCGGUUCCACAUGGCAUUUCGCAACUACAUUGCUGGGGAAUGGGUGGUGUGCCGGGAAAUGCUGAAAUUAACGAAGACGAUGUUGAUUACGCGAGACGCCGGUGCAAAGCGAGCCCGCCUCCUAACAGACAUGCCCAGCGUCACGCUGCUCAACUACAUGGAACAGCACGACUUCAAACCGCCUAAGGACUGGGCGGGCUGUCGUGCUUUGACGAGCAAGUAG